GGGGAGAGAAUGUAAGCAAACCUGAGCAAACAGUGAGCUCUGCAGCUGGCAAAGAAGAAAGCACAGAGGAUGAAUGAACCAUACCGUGAAGAGGUCGAGGAUUUCUAUACAUCUGACCUCAAGAAACACGCAGGGCAGAAAGCGAAUGCUUGGCCAUGCGCAGCUAGGAGCCGCAGCAGCUCUGGAGUUUCCUUUUCUUGCCCGCAUGUCUUUCUUUGCCUGUCCUUGUUAUGCCAGACAGGCAAUCUGCUGGGGCAUCCUCAGUGCCUGGAUUAUGGGCCACCUUUCCAGCCCCCUUUUCACUUGGAGUUUUGCACUGCCUAUGAAAACUUUGGCUGCUGUGAUCAGGAGAAAGACAACAGUAUUGCUGCAAAAUACUGGGAGAUCAUGGAUUAUAUUGAUCCCCAGGGGCAUAAGCUGUGCGGAAGGUAUAUCAAAGACAUCCUAUGCCAGGAAUGUUCUCCAUAUGCUGCACAUCUCUAUGAUGCAGAAAACCCUCAGACGCCUCUUCGAAACCUCCCAGGACUUUGCUUUGACUACUGCUCUGAGUUCCACUUCAACUGCUACUCUGCUAUCAGCCUGUUGACCGGUGACAAACACAUCCAGGAGUGCUGCGAGACGAACAAGACGCGCUUCUGUAACCUCCUUAACCUCCACGAUAAGGACUAUUGCUUCCCCAAUGUGCUGAAGAACACGGACCUCAACCGCAACCUGGGCUCGGUGGUGGAGGACCGCAAGGGCUGCCUCCAGCUGUGCCUCACGGAAGUGGCCAACGGGCUGAGGAACCCGGUCCUGAUGGCCCAUGCGAACGACCAUACCCACCGCAUGUUCGUAGCGGAGCAAGUGGGGGUGAUCUGGGUCUACCUACCUGACGGCAGUCGGCUGGAGGAGCCCUUUCUGGACAUUAAAACUAUAGUGUUGGCUACGCCGUGGGUAGGGGAUGAGAGGGGCUUUCUGGGGCUGGCUUUCCACCCCAAGUACAAGGAGAAUGGGAAGUUUUACAUCUAUUACUCUUACAUGGAUAAGAAGCGAGUGGAAAAGAUCAGAAUCAGUGAACUGAAAGUUUCGGCAUCUGAUAUCAACAAAGCUGACCCACACUCAGAAAGGAAUCUCCUGGAGCUUGAAGAACCAGCUGCUAACCAUAAUGGUGGCCAGCUACUCUUUGGUGUGGAUGGCUAUAUGUACAUAUUCACAGGGGAUGGAGGGAAAGCUGGCGACCCUUUUGGAAAAUUUGGAAAUGCUCAGAACAAGAGUGCCUUGCUGGGGAAAGUCUUGAGAAUUGAUGUGGAUGGAAAAAGCACCACUGGGAAGCCGUAUCGCAUCCCCCCGGAUAAUCCCUUCGUGUCUGAUGCCAAGGCCCGCCCUGAGGUUUAUGCCUAUGGGGUCAGGAAUAUGUGGCGCUGCGCAGUUGACAGAGGGGACCCUGUCACAAGAAAGGGAAGAGGAAGACUCUUCUGUGGGGAUGUCGGUCAGAACAGGUUUGAAGAAAUAGACAUCAUCGUGAAGGGGGGAAACUACGGCUGGAGAGCAAAGGAGGGGUUUCAAUGCUACGACACAAAGCUUUGCCAUAAUUCCUCUCUGGAUGACAUUCUUCCAAUAUUUGCAUACGGUCGCAACGUGGGGAAGUCGGUCACUGGCGGUUACGUGUACAGAGGAUGUGAAUCGCCCAACCUGAACGGCCUCUAUAUUUUUGGUGACUUCAUGAAUGGUCGACUUAUGGCUUUACAGGAAGAUGAGAAGACAAAUAAAUGGAAGAAGCAAGAUAUCUGCAUUGGUAACACCAAAGCUUGUGCUUUCCCUGGAAUGAUCAGUUCUUAUAGCAAAUUUAUCAUCUCCUUUGCUGAGGAUGAAGCAGGUGAGCUGUAUUUUAUGUCUACUUCCUAUCCCAGUGCCUAUGCGCCACAUGGAUCUCUCUACAAGUUUGUUGAUCCUGCAAGGAGAGCUCCACCAGGGAAGUGUAAAUUGAAGCCUAUUCCAGUGAAAACGAAGAGUAAGCGUAUUCCCUUCGCUCCACGGGCAAAGACCAUCCUUGAGCUGCUUAAUGAACCUCCAACCACCCAGCCUCCUGGAAAAUCCUCUUCUGCUGGAGUCACCCGAACAAGUUCUUCUAAGAAAGCUAAGACCACCCCACCCAGCAAAAUGAAAGCAUCCACGUUGAAGCCAACUUCAGCUGGUAAAAAGACCCAAAAAAUCAAAGCCAAGGCUAAGCACAGGCCAAAGCAGAAGGUGAAGGUUACAAAGGUUUCCAAACCUACACCAGCACCAUCCUCAACAAAAAAGAACCCCCGCAUAACCAGAACCAAGAAGCUUCCCCACAGAAAGGAGCAGUAAGUAAGGAGAAACUGGUGGAGAAAAGAAUAGAUUAAGAAAUGGCUUUUGAAGCUGAGCGAGAUACCCCAAAAGCAAGUCAUUUAGAAGAUGGUGACUGAUUUGGUAGGUAGAAAGAAUACUUUCACUAGAGAUCAAAUUAAAAAACACCAGUAUCAGUAGGUUU